CUUCUCUUCUAUUAGUUAGCUAGCUGCUAUUACUCUACUGUACUGGACACAGGCCAGCCUUCCAACUUGGUCUAUAUAAGGUCUUGGGAACCCAGCGAGCCGCGCUCCUUGCCACAUGUCCUGCUAGCUUCUGGUUUACACCGUAGAUUCAUUUAAGCGAGAGACAUGAGCAGCAAGCGGGGUGGGCGGUCAUCCUUAGCAAAGGCGCCCGAAGAGGCGGUAAAUGGCGAGGCAUUUGCGCCUGAGGCAUCUCCCCCUCCACCCGGCGACGAUGGAGAUGCUGGUGGGGAGGACGGUGGCGCGCCUGCGCCCCCUCCGCCCCCGGCUACAAAGGGCGGUCCAGUAGCUGUAGGAAGGUCGCUGGAGAUACAAACAACGCCGGACGUGUGCAUGGAAAUGCUGGCCGACAAGCUGAAGCUGCUAAACUACGAGGCGGAUUUCUGCAGGAAGAAGAAGCCCUACCGGAAACCCCUCUCGCGGCUCUAUUUUGCGGUGCCGCUCGCAAACUCGAGCGAGCAGUUCUUCUACUUUACCAGUCUGGCGACCUGGCUGCUGGGCCUGGCUGGCGUGGAGCUGCCCGCUCCCAAGGAGUUUGAUGACCCGAACUUGACGUGCCAGAACAUCCUGGGUGCGGUGAAGAAGCUGGGCUUUGCGCCGCCCAGCUACCACCCUACCAAGCUCACAGUGGGCAACGGCAAGGAGGUGGUGGGUGUGCUGGACGGGCUGGUGGACUUCGUGCUGGAGCGGCGGCACCACAAGUACAGCCGGCCCGCGUACGGAAAUGAUGGGCAACCGGAGGAGGGCGUGCAACUGGACGAUGAGGCGGAGGCUGCCGCGAUGGAGGGUGCGGAUGAGCUGGCGAUGCCAGCCCAGAACCAGGCGGAUGACGAUGAGGAGGAGGAGGGCGUAUACGUGGACCCGGGGCGCGGUGACGCCGCGGGCCCAGGGACAGGGGCAUCCGCGGCGAUGGACGCGGAGAAGGCGGUGCUUGUGUCCAAGGUGGACCCCACGCUCUGGAAGAUCGAGCUGGAGCGCGUGGCGCCGAAGCUGCGUAUCACCAUCGCCGCCGACUCGAAGGACUGGCGCUCACAUCUGGAUGAGGCGCACCAGCACAAGGAGGUGAUCAGCAAGGCCUGGCCCGACAGCAAGACGUCGCUGGAGCGCCUGCGUGCGGACCUGAACGGCACGCUGGAGAAGCUGCAGACGCGUGAGAAGUUCCUCAACGAGCAGUUUGAGAGCCUCAUGCAGCAGUACCGCGCCGCCCGCACCACGUUCACGGACGUGCAGGAGACAUACAACCGCAAGACGGAGGCGGUGGCGGACCGGAACCAGGAGAUGCACCGCAUCGGCGAGACGCUGGAGGAGGUGAAGGCCAUGAUGGACGAGAAGGGCAGCAACAUCGCGGACGCCACGCCUGUGGCUCGCAUCAAGACCGCCAUCAAGCAGCUUAACAAGGAGCUGCACGACAUGGAGGUGCGCAUCGGCGUGGUUAGCCACACGCUGCUGCAGCUAUCGCUGCGCAACAAGCGAUUGCUGCAGGCGCAGGCGGCUCUCAGUGACGAGGAGGAGGACUAGCUAGAUCAGCGAGUGACAGAGGGCAUGUGUGCGUACCGUGUGCGCGGGUACAGCCGUGGGAUGGAAGAGGUGAUGUGGCGGGUUGCGGACCCAGCAUUCGGUAGACCAGAUCACUUAUAGGUACAGAAAGACGGCUAUAUUGUUGGGGGCGGCGCACCCUGGCUAUGUAUAUACAAGCCGUAGCGCAGAGCCGCUGCAAAUGCGGUGCUGUGCCUGUGCUCCCGUGGGUGUGCGGCGUUCCGGUCAAGUUCAUAUAAGCUGUUGUGACUUGUGAGGCAGGCAUGGCAUAUGGACAGGGCAUCCCUGCAAGGAAAGCAGGCAGCGGUAUCCUUGUGGCGAUGGGUCAAGCAGUGAUGGAGGGGCGAAGCGAGUUGCGGGCCUGUAAGCACAGGGUUGCCUAGUUCGUAGUACGCGUACUAUGUACUACGUACUGUACUACGUACUGUACGCUGCCCUCGUCGGCUAGUACGUUGGAAAAUAUGUUGUGCUGGGGAAACCAGCGGGGUGGGCCGUGGCAGCGCCGUGGCUGGGCGAGGGGCGCGAGGGGUGCUGGAAAGGAUGUCCGUCGAAGUUUGCGAACCAUGGCUGCUCUCCGCACUGCAGCUGUGUUCUCUUACAACAAUAUGAGCAUAAUAAGUUGAAGGAAAUUCCGCUAGAAGACUAUGACCGCGCAAAUCCAAAUCCAAAUUCACACCGGUGCGGGCACGCGUGCCGUGUUUGCGUCGGCUUCCCCCCCGGAUUUCCUGGCCCAGCGUAUUAUGCACCGUAUUUUACCGUACUGUACUGGGAAUCCUAGUACGCUGUAUUAAUACGCGUAUUAUGGAGAGAGGGUCGCGUACUAGGCAACCCUGUGUAAGCAAGUUCCCAUGUCA